CCCCCCCUUUGACCCUUCGUAGUGCGCAUGCUUGAUCUACGGAUUGGUGUUACUCUGGAUUAACCUGUCACCUUUACAACAAGGACCCGAGGAUUCUACCAUCUCAAGUAUAUCUCUGAUUCAUCGUUAGUGCCGCGCUAAGAUAUUUUGCUCUUGCCGAAUAUAGCAAUCACCGUUCGAGGUGAAGUUUUCUCGGAAUAUUUCGUGUCUGAAACGUGUCUUUAGACGUUCUCGUGAUAUUCUCAAAGCAGCGCUCGAAAAUUGUCCAAUUCCGAAAUUUUCACCGGUGACCUUGAAAUCAAAUUAAACCAUUUACUUCACUAAUUAUUCUGUUCUUAUUGAAAGUUAUUGUUUCGGUUAUCGUCGCUUCCUGCUCUUGAUCUUUUCGAUCGGAUUAGAGCGUGCAAAACCCGUGCGGGCGAGAAUCGGAAGUGCCUCAUUUGGAUCAGCAUACAUAAUCAGUGCUCCUAAUCGUGUUUCAGUCACCGGUUCGGGCGGAGACAUUUAUGAAACGAAAAAGUGAUUUUGUAAACAAAGAAAUGAAAAUUUUGAGUUGAUCCCAAAAUCGAUUAAUUUUACAAUCAAAAUAAGAAAAACGCGAUAAAAAUUAAAUGCUUUUCGGCGAUUAGUGUUGAGUGAUAUUUUGGAGUAGGUGUGGAAAAGUGUCAAACAUAGUUCGUUUUUUCUUUGUAAAUAGGAUUGGAUUCUUAUCAUUUUGCUCAUUGGUAACAGGUUCUCAAAGAUGGCGACGGUGCAAACGUGGAGGCUGAAAAGGCUGAACAGGCAGAAACAGUUUCGGAAAGCCUUAAAAGUUUUAUGACAUAAAACAGACUCUCACAAAAUGGACAUAGUCUGAUCAGAGGACACCGCGAUCCUAGACCAAGAACUCAGCGUAGUAGCUUCAAGUCAUGGCGGAGGAAGAGGAGGAGCUGCAAGUCGUGGCCGCCACGGAGGGGGACCCGCUCCCGACGCCGACAGUUGUGACGUCACAAUCCACCGUGACGUCACAGCAGACGUCGCGAGUAGUCUGCACGGUGACGUCUUCCAAGUCGACGGAGCGGCAGGAGAAGGUGUUCAAAUCCUCCUCGGCGGACGACGCCCACUCCACGAUCUACGAGGAGAACCACGAGUUCUCGGCGAACGAGUCCCGCAUCACGAAGGCCUCCAAGAUCAAAUCCAUCUCCACGUCGGCGGUCUACGGAGGCGGCAUGCGGAACCUCGUGGCGUUCGGCGCGAAGAAGAGCUCCGACUCGCAGGACACCGAGUCGAGCAUCGACAUCGUGGAGGUCAACCCCGACGACCCCGAAAGGCCCAUCGGCGAACCGAAGAGGUACCGCACGUCAACCACCCUCGAGCUCUCGCCGCGCCCGUCGUGGAGAGACAGGAGCUCGUCGAGCCGGGAGGAACACUCGAGAAGCACCAUCGACGAGCAGGACUCGUCUUUCGAGCUCGACGACAAGGUCCACUCCAAGUCGAGCAGUGGAUCUCCACGACCGGUCGAGCAGGAGAUCUUCUUCAAGCAUGACUCAGGGGCGAAGCUCUUCGCGACGAUCAAUGUGGCCGAGGGUAGGAUCGACAAAGACAGACUCUCGGCGCGAAGUGCAGUAAGCGAGACCUCCACGAGCUCGGAGUUGUCGUACCAGGAGGAGAAAGUGGGCGUCGUGAAGCAGCGUUCAGCGGAGUCGAUCGGCGGUGAGCGACGACUGGGAGGGGCCCUCCCCCGCGGGUACUCGUACCAGGAGGGUCACCGCAUCUCGGUCGUCGGGCAGGAGUCGCGGAAGCAGUGGCUCACGGCGGACACGGGUUCGGCCAACGUCAACUCCCGGUCCAUGGAGAGCCUCCGGAACCACGAGCAGCGCACGUUCUACGCCUCGUCGGAGCGGGAGCUCCGGCGGGUGGUGAGCAGCUCGGUGGAGGCGCGCUCGCUCGAGUCCCUGGAGAAGGAGAUCCGGAUCAUGGGGAACCGGUUCCGGCGGACCAUCUCCGGGGAGGAGUCCGUCGACGAGUCGCACGCCGAGCGGAGGCGGGGGCUCUUCGCGACGAGCUCCCGCCGCGUGCCCUCGCACCUCUCGCUCAUGCCGCCCGGGGACCAUCGGCGGCUGACGAUCCUGUCGCCGCACUCGCCGCUCAUCCACCAGCUCCCCGGCCCGGGCGCCGCAGCCGAGUGCUGGCAGUUCACGACGCAGACCAUCAAGACGAGCAGGCGCAAGGCCGGCAUCGUCCUGCCCAGGCUCGUCCUUCCCGGAUCCUGCGAGUUCGACGUCUCCACAGAGUGAGUUCCCGUUAUAUCUCAUGUAUCUUACC